GCAGCCGGCCGGCUGCAGCGGCGGCGGCGGCAUGGCGAGCUGCCGGCGGCUGAGCGGCGCAGGGCUGCGGGAGGUGCUGGGCCCGGCGCAGGGGCUGCUCUUCGACUGCGACGGCGUCCUGUGGGCGGGCGAGCGCGCUGUCCCCGGCGCCCCCGAGCUGCUGGAGCGGCUGCGGCGCAGCGGCAAGGCUGCCUUCUUCGUCAGCAACAACAGCCGCCGCUCCGUGGCGGAGCUGGAGCGGCGCUUCAGCCGUCUCGGUUUCCGUGGCGUCCGCGCCGAGCACGUCUUCAGCUCCGCGCUCUGCUCCGCGCUCUUUCUCCGCCAGCGCCUGCUCGGCGGCGGGGGAAACGGCAGCGGGAACGGCCGUGUCUUCGUGAUGGGCGGCGAGGGGCUGCGUGGUGAGGUGCGCGAUGCCGGCCUGCGCCUGGCGGGCGAGGGCGAGUCAGCCUCCGCGGAGCCCGUGCGGGCCGUGCUGGUGGGCUACGACGACCAGUUCACCUUCGCCAAGCUGGCGCAGGCCUGCGGCUACCUGCGCGACCCGCAGUGCCUCCUGGUGGCCACCGAUCCCGACCCCUGGCACCCGCUCAGCGACGGCCAGCGCACCCCUGGGACUGGCAGCCUCACAGCUGCUGUGGAAACCGCUUCGGGCCGCAAGGCACUGGUGGUGGGGAAGCCAAAUAGGUACAUGUUUGAUUGCAUCGUGGAGCGUUUCGGCGUUGACCCGGCCCGCACCCUCAUGGUCGGAGACCGCCUGGAGACAGACAUCCUCUUCGGCAAGAACUGCGGCCUCUCCACCAUCCUCACCCUGACAGGUGUCUCUCGCCUGGAAGAGGCGCAGGCCUACAUGGCCAGUGACAGCGCCGCUGCCAAGGAUCUGGUGCCCAAUUACUACGUGGACAGCAUUGCAGACUUGAUACCGGGUCUGGAUGAGUAGUGGUCUGUACAUGUGAGGGCAGAGGGGUCAGGUACCUCAUCCCAGAUCUCCAUCUGUUCCCAUUUCUCUCUCACUGCCCUAUUCCCACAGUUCCUGAUUUCUUCACAUUCCAACGCCCUUCUCUGGGGGCAGCAUGGAGGGGGUUUUCAGGAGGGGACCGGUCCAGCUGUCUCCCUUGUGUUUAUAGCUACCCAUGAUGGACAGUCUUCUCCCUCAUGCCAGCUGACAGCAUCUCUGGCAGAAAACUGGAGGCCUUGAGGCUGCAAGGGGGGGUCAAGCAGUGUGUCUGUGUGGCUUCUUCCUCCUGCAGGGGUUAGAGACUGGCUGGCUCACUUAUUUUUGUCUUGGAUAACCAGUGGCGGCCUUUUACUGCUGUCCCUUCACUCACAUAAAUCAACUUCUGAGCUGCAUCCCUGCAGUUCUUGUGGUAACAUCCUCCUUGCUAGGCAACUGGCUGGCACAGUCAGCCAUCCAGUCUCCAUCAGUGCUAGGGCAUGUGGAAAGAGCAUGCCUGAGCUCUGGAGCCAUGAAGGAGAGCAUCGCUGCCUCCCACAAGUGUAAGGAAGCAUUACCUCAUCCUUUCUCUCCCCUGUUCCUUAGAGAUGUUGCCCCCCCACACCCCUCUGCCCUGCCUCGGUUAUUAACUGUGCCAGUAUCCAUCUGAAGGCCUGUAGAAAGGGAAGAGACUGUUUUGAGGGUAUCUUUUGUGCCAAACAGACAAGCUGUGACUGCACGUAACGGGUUUGCAGUUGUAUCUUGUUUUCAAAUGCCCUUUCCAAAGGGGUUUGUGAAGGAGAGAGAGCAGUAAUGAACCUUGCAACUCUCCCCAGUUCCCUCUCCUCAAUUGGAUUCUGCCAUGGUAUGGUGAGAGAAAAGGGCUGAUGGGGGUCUGAGCUGCAGCUGCUAGUGUGUGGGUGAGAUGGUGGUGGUAUUGUCACUGCUGUGGGUGUGUCACAGCCCUCAGAAUCAUUCCUUGCUGCUUUGUCUUUCUAAUUUUUUUUUUUUAAAUUUCUUGGUCUUAUUUAUCAAAAUUAUUUAUGAUUCAGAUAUUGUAUUAUUUGUAUAAAUUAUGCUGACUGGUUGCACCAAGGGGACAGGAGGCAGUGGCUUUGGGCCUUCCUUGCUGUCCAUGUCCCAUGCUGAUGUUCUUACACUCACCGUGUCUCUGUAUAUAAUAAAGUGUGAGCGUAGGCUGGAAA